ACGCAUGUUGCAGUCAUGCUGGUAGAUGCGUCAAGUGUUUGAAUUGCGACAAGAUGGGUCUUCUUACAAUUUUAAAGAAGAUGAAACAGAAGGAAAAAGAAGUGCGGUUAUUAAUGCUAGGUUUGGACAAUGCUGGGAAGACAACAAUCCUGAAGAAGUUUAAUGGGGAGGACAUAGACACAAUCUCACCAACCCUGGGCUUUAACAUAAAGACACUGGAACACAGGGGGUUCAAGCUGAAUGUUUGGGAUGUUGGUGGACAGAAAUCCCUCCGCUCGUACUGGAGGAACUACUUUGAGAGCACAGACGGCCUAAUCUGGGUGGUGGAUAGUGCAGACAGGAUGAGGCUUCAGGACUGUAAGAAAGAGCUCCAGUCUUUGCUACUGGAAGAGAGAUUGUCUGGAGCUACUUUGUUGGUUUUCGCCAAUAAACAAGAUUUACCAGGAGCUUUGCCGGCAGAGGAAAUUAAAAAUAACCUGGAGUUGGACUCCAUCAAAACCCACCACUGGCUGAUGCAGGGCUGCAGUGCAGUCACAGGGGAAAACCUGUUACGAGGAAUAGACUGGAUCGUCGAUGACAUCGCCUCACGGAUAUUUACAAUGGACUGACAGAAGAAAAUGUUCAUACAUGUAGUUUGCCGCUAUGGUUAUACUGUAGCCAAGUCUUUGAACUGAGCAACCUGAGCAUUCUGUAUGUCAUGUUCAUUACUGUAACUCUGCAAGUUGUAUACAGUACAGUAACUGUGCAGUGUCAUGUACAGUAAUGUCACUAUGUAGGGUCAUAUACAGUACUGUAACUCUAGUGUUUUAUACAGUACAGUAAUUGUGCAGCGUCACAUAUGUUAAUGUAACUAUAUAGUGUUGUAACAGUACUGUAACUAUGCAGUGUCAUAUACAGUAAUCUAACUAUGUAGUGUCAUACAGUACUGUAACUGUAGUGUCAUACAGUACAAUAACUGUGCAGUAUCAUAUACAGUAUGUAACUGUGCAGUGUCACAUACGGUAAUGUCACUAUGUAGUGUCAUACAGUACUGUAACUCUAGUGUUGUAUGCAGUACUGUAAAUGUGCAGUGUCAUAUACAUUACUGUAACUCUGUAGUGUUGUAUGCAGUACUGUAUCUGUGCAGUGUCAUGUACAGUACUGUUACUCAGUAGUGUUUUAUGCAGCACUGUAGCUGUGCAGUGCCAUAUACUUCAACUGUAUUAAUGUUGUAUACAGCAGGUACAGAUUGCAACUAUUGUGCUUGCCCUACAAAUUUACCUAAAAAAGCAACUCACACUACCUGUCUCAGAUCAAUGAAACCAUCUGAAUGAGGCAAAAGGAGUAAAAUAGUGAUGACCAGAUACAGUAUUGGUUGUAUCCAAGUUUACAUACAUUCAUGAUUAUUGGAAAUCUGAACUGUCUUAGCCUCUACAUUUAACUAGACGUACAUGCUUUUAUCACACAUGUAGCCUGGAGUACAAAUCCAUCUUUGGUUUGCUCUUUUUCAGCAGAUGUAUAUGUAUUGAGUGCUUAACAGCUUAUGGCAGUCAGAUGUUAUUUCCCAAGACAACUUAUAUAAUUCAAAUAUGGGUGGAAGAUUAGUUUUUUUUCUUCAGUUCCCAGUUCAAGUGAUAUAUAACAAUAAACAAAUGGUAACCUUGACAUACUUUCUGUGAUUCACUGAAGACCAGUUUGAUCAGACGUGUGCUGAUACACUAUGACCAGGUACAUGUAGGUCUCUACAUUGGAGCCCAAUGUCAUAAAUAUGCACAAACAAAACAGAACUUCUGCUUGGAGCAGUGAAAUCCAAGCCUUCAUGACUUUAUUAAGACUUUCAAAACAUUUCUGACAUGGAUUUGUAAAGCAGUUUAUUGUAUGCUCAGCUGGGUUGUUCUCUGUCAUUUGACUGUUUGGCAAGGUCGUUUUCAAGGGUAAGUAUCAUGCCUCAUGGUUUUCUAUCACUGUAGUGCUGUACUUAUCCAAUUUAACCACAGUUGUAAUAAUUAUUAUUUAAGUUAUAUCAUGAACUAAUACAUUUCAUGUAAUUUAUUUUGUUUUAAGCAUACUUUUCAUGUUUCGAAAAUUUGUAAAUAAACAUACCUGUUUAC